AUGACUGUUCCUACAACAUCGUCGAAUAUCUCACUGCUGUGGAAAGCCCGUGAUGAAAUAAACGUUCAUAUACGGUGUCUUGAAAGUUUGGGCGUCGACGGCUCACAGUACGGUGUUAUUCUCACACCAUUGAUUUUAUCUAAGUUACCACAAGACAUUCGUCUCGUUUGGGCCCGUAAGGGAAAAGGUCACGAGAAAGAUCUCAAUUUUUUGUUGCAAACUUUCACAGCAGAAAUAGAAAAUCGCGAACGGUCAGAAGGCUUCAAACGAGAUUCACCAAAAUCGAAACAACAACACACACACGAGGAAACGCAAACAACGACUCCAUCCACGCCAUCGGCUAGUGCAAUGUCUGUAACCGAUAAAACUAACGUUUGUAACUUUUGUGGAAAACCUCACUCAACUCAUAAGUGUUUUGAAGUACUUAAGCUUUCAUUGGAUGAUCGUCAUGCUAGAAUAAUGAACACAGGCUUGUGUUUCCGGUGUUUGGGCAAAAAUCAUAUUGCUAAGGGAUGUGGUGUUAGGUGUGCCAAAUGCAAUGGGAAACACAGUGAACUCCUUUGUAGGCCUAAACAGGCUGGUCAGAGUAAACGUGCUAGACCUCAGAACAAUGCCAUUGGGUUUCAAAAUUCAGGCAACAGGCCUGAUACUAGUACUGUCACUAGUAGGUCUGACACGGUUACUCAGAAAGAACAAAAGGUUGGAAUGCAUGUUGGCACAUCUGGCCCCACACCUGAUGCAAAUGAUCAAACCAUUGGUACUGAAUCAGUGAGUGCUAAAGUGGGAACUAUGCUCCAAACUGCAAAAGUGUUAGUUCAAGGUCAGAAUGGAAAAAGUGCUUGUAUUCGAAUGUUGUUUGACACAGGAGCAGACACAACUUACGUUUCUGCUUCUUUGGUGAAAAAGUUAGACCCAGAGUGGAUCACAGCCAGAUCAGUCAGUUAUGCAGCAUUCGGUGAAGAUAAACCUUCUAGCAGUAAAAUCAGAAAUGUGUACAAGUUGGGGGUCCAGAACAAACUUGGCGGAAUUGAGUAUCUCAGGGCCAUAGAAGUGAACACUAUUUGUGCUCCUUUGCACAAACCUUGUGUACCGAGAGAGACAUUUCAGUCAUGUGUCCAGUUUGAGUUAGCCGAUGAUUUUCAAGGGUCAGCAGAAAAUGUGACCAUCGACAUUGUACUCGGACUGGACCAUUACUGGAAUGUCAUGAAAUCUGGCCUUGAGAGACUCCCAGGUGGCUUGGUCUUACAAGAAUCUGUAUUUGGCUGGAUCCUCUCAGGGUCAUGGUGUGAAGCCAAUAGCGAUGAACAUUCUCACAGUGAAUCUAGUCCUCAACUUAUUUCUCACCAGCUGGUCUGUCUUUCUGAUAUGCCUGACAUCAGUAAGUUCUGGAAUCUGGAAGUAAUAGGUGUUUCGGGUUCCAAUGAAAAACCAGAUUUGUCUAGAGAUCCUGUUAUUCAGAGAUUCAACAAUCCUGUCGCCCUAGUAGAAGGGCGAUAUGAGGUUAGGCUGCCCUGGAAAAACCCAGAUGCUAAGUUGAAUCUCUUGGAUAACAGGAAACAAGCCGAGAUUAGAUUAAGGAAUCUUUCUCGGAAAUUAGAUAAAGACCCAUCUUUGAAAACCAGAUAUGGCCAGGUUUUCGGAGAACUAGAAGUAGAGGGCAUUAUCGGAGAGAUAGAUCAGCUUGGAGAUUUAGGUGAGAGACCGAUGUAUUACAUGCCUCAUAGGCCAGUGGUAAAUGAAUCGAAAAUUUCAACCAAAGUACGUCCAGUUUUUGAUGCUUCUGCCAAGGCCAUAAACGGUAUUUCUCUCAAUGAUUGCCUGGAAACAGGCCCUUGUCUUCCGCCUUGUUUGGUUGAUACGUUGAUUAGAUUUCGCAGAUGGCGUGUGGGACUGACUGCUGAUAUUGCCAAGGCUUUUCUCCCAAUUCGGGUACAUCCUGAUGAUCAAGAUGUACAUAGAUUUCUUCUGAGUGAUCAGGGUUACGUCAGAGAAAUGAAAUUUCUUAGGGUACCCUUUGGCAACACCAGCAGUCCCUUCCUACUCAAUCCAACCAUCAAACAUUAUCUGUCAAAGUAUCCUAAGUCAAGAGCUGUGGUAGAAUUAGAAGAGAAUUUGUAUGUAGACGAUUUGUUGACGGGUGCUGAUUUUGACAAUGAAGCAUCCGAGUUAUUCUCAGAAGCAAAGAAAGUGAUGGACGAUGGGGGGUUUCCCCUUACAAAGGCCAACUCCAAUAGUGAUAGUUUAACUGAGAUGUUCUUCAAAGAAUAUGGCAAUAAAAACUCCGGUACAGACCCUGUGAAGGUCUUGGGUUUGAAAUGGUUGAAAACUGUAGACAGUUUUUCCUUUGAUGGUGUCAAUUUGCCAGAAGACCUUGUGACCACUAAGCGUGUUGUUUUGAGUGUCCUGGCAAGGUUGUUUGACCCCUUGGGAUUGCUGAAUCCGUACACAAUGUUCAUCAAGAUCUUACUGCAAGAUAUAUGGCUGCUAAAAUUGCAGUGGGAUGAAAGGACCCCUGAAAACAUUGGUGAAAAAUUCAGGAAGUCACGACUGGACAAGGAGAUGGUCGUCCUACGCCGAGAAUUCUUGGACGCCGUUGCUGUGAAUUCUGAGAUGUUCCUAAUUCUGGGCGUUGAAGUCGCCAAUUUAGGACAGUGGGAAGAAGAAAUCACAGAUGAUUUCUACGCCUUUGAUGAAGCUGCUGAUCUAUACGUUAGUUCGCAGGAUAUGUCAUCAGAGAAAACAGAAUCAGUCAGUUGA